AUGUGGGUGAACGCCGAUGAUGUGAUCGUUUGGAACGCUCAUUUCUCCGCCUCCACGAGUGCUCCGAGCUGUGAAAUUUGCGACCGGCAGGCUGUAGGGUUAGUGAGCAGGGGGGAAUUGGUUCACGGCGUGUUCGGCGACGGCCUGGUCCAUCGGACGCGCGAGCGCGGCAGUAAGGUCGCGACGGAACAACAGCUAGUUGGUGCGUCGCGUGUUGCGGCCGCGGACGGACUGCCAGAUAAACGGCCGCGCGCACAUGAUACU